AUGAACGUCUUGGGUCUAGGACGAAACACUCUGCAAAAGCUCAGCCGAUCCACGUCCGGUGCCAGCAUGUCCAACCUCGCCGAAUCCGACGUCGACGUCGACGCUCCCCUCAAGCCCCACUUUGGCCGCACCGAGAGCCACCUCACCGCGCUCACCGAGUCGAGCGACACCGCCAUGAUGCACCUCGACGACACGCCCCUCACCACCCCCUCGGUCACCGACCACCAGCCCAGCUUCCUCACCAUGCACCAGCCCUCCAUCGACAUCCGCAGAAGCCUCGUCGUCCUCAUCGACGACCUCAACGAUCAGGACUUUGUCGAUUGCGACCUCGAGUGCUUCCUCGAAUCGCUCGCACACGAGCGUCUCCUCCACAUGCCCCGCAAGAACUCGGCCUGGGACAAGGUGCUCCGUCAGGCAGAGGAGAUCGGCGCACAGCUCAACCACUUCUCCCACCUCGCCGCAGACGAACACUCGCUCAAGACCAGCCUCGUCGCCAUCCGACUCCACCUCGAAGUCGGUCAUCACCAGGCUCACGCCCUCCGUCCGCUCUUUGAGCUGCUCUCCCACAUUGCGCACCUCCUCAUCCGCUCGCUCCACACCAGCACCCCUUACCAGGCCCACUCGCAGCCCGUGCGCUCGCUCCUCCACUCGCUCUUCUCCCGAUACAUGUCGCUCAGCGCACACCUCGCACGCCACGUUCGCUCGCGCAUGAACCGUCUCAGCCCCACCAGCUCCGAGUCGAUCGACAUUGGUGCCCACUUUGCCGACGCCAUCGACGCCAUCGACAUCGACCGCAUCAAGCUCGAUCGCCUCGUCUGGAGGCUCGCCCUCGUCCAGCACGCCGUCCACCCGGCCGUAUCGACGCUCGACAUCCUCAACCACCUCGAGGGCAAGUCCGCCCCCAGCCUCAAGUCGCGCCUCUUUGCCAGCCUCAAGCGCCAGGCCACCGUCGAACCCGAAACGUGCGAGUGGUUCCAGACCCCGCUCCUCGGCUUCCUCCGCGGCCGCGACGACAUCCUCCAGAUCACCGGCAAGCCGGGCACAGGAAAGUCAUCGCUCGCCGUGUGGACCCAGGAGCGUCUGCGUCGCACGCUCGGUCGCAAGUCCUACGACGUCCUCCUCGUCGACCAGCACGACUCGCACUCGCUCCUCGACCUCGCAAAAUCGCUCCUCGCACAGAUCUGGCACCACAACAUCGGCGACGUAGAGCUCCACUCGGACCUCGCAGACGUCAUCGCUCACGACUACGAGGAGGAACCGCUCGCUCAGGCGCUGUGGGACGUCCUCGCCAACACGCUCGCCCGCAUCGCGUACGACAACGACAUGCUCCUCCUCGUCGACGGUCUCAGCACCCGCCACGACAAGGCGUUCCAGCAGCUGCGCCAGUGCGUACAGCGCAGCCCUCGCGCCCGCAUGGUCACCUUUGGCGGUGCUUACGCCGACGACUUGCCCGACUACAAGAUCACGCGCGACGUCAACGCCAAAGACCUCGCCGUCUACCUGCGCAACGGCCUUUCCAGGCAGGGCGUCCCGCACGACGAGACGCUGAUCGAGUCGCUGCUCGAACGCGCCUGCGGCUCGUUCCUCUGGGCCUACCUCUACCUCGAGCUCCUGCGUCUGCAUCCCGAACAGGACAGCGACUGCACGCUCGAUGUCCACAAGCUUCUGCAUGAGCAUGCCAAGCACCUCGGCGAGGCGGGCGAGCGUCUGGUCCAGUUGAUGCUCAUCGCCAGGCGGCCGCUCUGCUGGACCGAGCUCGGGGCGCUCAUGCGUCCCGACAUGCUCGAGGCAGCGCGAGCCUCGCCGCACGCCUCCAUCUUCUUCCAAGACAUCAGCGGCCACCUCCACUUCCGCCACGCCACCAUCCGCAGCUUUGCACGCGAACAUCUGCUCAACGACGAGCAGAUGGUGCACAGGCGCAUGCUGCGCAAGCUCCUCGUCUCGGUCGCCGCCGAAUUCACCGACGUCGCCCUGCCGCGCCUCGAGCUGCUCAGUGGUAAAGAGCUCGACGCCGCCCUCCACGCGGGCAGCGCCGUCGAGUACACCGUCCUCUUCUGGCACCACCACUUUGAGCGCUCCGGCCUCGAGGCGAAGGAGCUCGCCGACUGGUUCCCGCGCUCCACCCAGUUUGCGCUCCUCGAGUGGUCCUACUGGAACCACCACCGUCACGUUGCCCACCACAAGCUCGGCCUCGAGGUGCGCAAGGCGUGCUUCGGCAAGGACCACCUCUCGGUCAUGCAGAUGUACCUCGCCCUCGCAUGCAUCCAUCGCGGCCACCACCAGCUCUCGGAGGCGGCCGAGUACUUCUUCUACGCCUGCAAGCUCGGCCAAGAGGGCAAGUGCAUCGACCGCUUCUCGCUCGUCGUCACCAUGUGCGCCUCGCUCUUCCUCACCUGCACCGAGACGCUCGUGUUUGUCGAGAGGACCGAGCUGUGCACCAUGCGCGAACACAUGAUCCGCUUCACCAUCGAGAUCUGCCGCCGCCAGCACGGCGAGCACAGCGAACAGGUCAUCCACUGGUACCAGGUGCUCAUCCAGCUCCUCGUCGGCAUCAAGGAUCACGCCGCCGUCAUCAUCGUCUACCGCGAGCUCUACCACAUUUUCUUGCAUCUCCACGGCCCGCGCCACGAGCGCACCAAGCACAUCUGCAACGAGAUGGCCGGCCUCGAGAUCGUCGUGCACGGCGAAGAUACCGAGCUCAUCAACACCUACGUCACCUCGAUCCUCGAGACCGUCGACGACGAGGAGGACGAGCACGAGCACGAUGCGCGCAUCCUGGUGCUGCUGCGACUCGCACGCGGCUACGCCAAAUACCACCAACACUGGCACCACGCUUGCCGUCUCUACCUCACCAUCUGGCGUCGACUCGGCGAGAUCUGCCGCCGCCAGUGGUCGCUCGACAUGGUGCUGCUCAAGAUCGACGUCUGCAUCGAAUACGCCAAGCUGCUCCACGCCCACGGUAACGUCACCGAGGCGCACGACAUCCUCGUCGUGCUCUGGGCCGAGUUCCACCACCACGAGUGCAAGGAGUACGACAUCGUCAUCCGGCUCAAGCAGCUCGGCCUGGUGCUGCGCAGCUUUGGCCUCCUCUCGGUGUGCUACGAGAUCUUUGUCAAGCUCUUUGGCUGGUUCAAGGGCUGCGGCCGCCCCUAUGACGACGAGGCGCACGAGGUCACCGUCAUCGUCACCGAGGUGACCGAGGAGAUCGAGGAGGUCACGCGCAAGACCAAGACCACCACCAAGAUCACCGUCACCGAGACCGUGACGCGCGAGGUGUUUGAGACGCACUACGAGCGCUGCAUCCGCAUCAAGAAGGGCGACAAGCACCUGUACAAGGCGUGCCUGCUGCUCAUCAACCAGCUCAUUGCCUGCAGCAAGUACGAGGAGGUCGAGAUCGUCAUCACCCGCACCAUCGAGCUCGCAUGGUCCGCCUUCCUCGACGUCAGCGUCGACAUUUCGAUCCCCGGCGAGCACGUGCUCGAGAUCCUGCUGCUCGUCGGCCAGCUCGCCCACUGCCACCGCAAGAGGGGCCACUACGACGUCGCCGAGCGCUUCUACCUGCGCAUCUGGUGGGCCUGCCGACACAGCUUUGCCAUCGACCACGAGCACGUCAUCCACGCCUUCUGGGCGCUCAUCGGCUUUUACGAGGACCACUACCGCUACGACAAGGUCAUUGAGCUGUACGUCGAGGUGCUCGAGCUCUACCGCGCGCAUUGCGGCGCUCACCACACGCUCACCAUCCAGCUCAUGUACAAGCUCGGCAGGCUGUGCAAGAGGAUGGGCAGCCACAACUACAUCCAGUACUUUAUCGACAUCUACACGGUGCUCGAGGCACACCACGGCCACUGCCACCCGGAUGCGUGGGAGGCGGCGUGGGAGAUCUGCGAGUGGCGCUUCGACCACUGCCAUUGGGGCUCGCUCAUCGAGAUUUGUGGUACGCUGUGGCAGGUCUUUGUGCACGGAGGCCACGACCACGGCCACCACCACCACGACUUUUUCACCGCCGACAUCAUCAUGGUGCUGUACGAGCGCUACGUCAAGGGACUCGAGGUGCACGUCGGCUUCCACUUUGAGGAGCACUACAAGCUCACCAUCGAGCUGCGCGACGUGAUCAAGGUGCGCUUCGGCGUCGACCACACGCUGCUCAUCCGGGCGCUCAUUGCUCUCGCCAAGAUCUGCGAGUACAGCGAGGAGCACCACCACGAGGCGGUCACGCUGUACGAAGAGGUGAUCACGCGCACGCGCACCGUCACGGUCGAGACCAUCACCGAGGAAGAGGUGACGGUGGUCAAGAAGCGCCUCACCAAGGUGUACGUCACCAUCAUCGAGAAGGGCGGCCACCACCACCACCCCGAGCUGGGCGAGAAUGCGCUGCGCAUCUGCAUGGAGAUGUACCUCCAGCUCAAGGCCGAGCUGGGCUGCUGGCAUGAGCUGACGCUGUUUGCGCUCGAAAAGGUGCUCAUCAUCCACUUUGCGCUCGGCGGAGAGCACCACCACGCGCAGAUCCUGGUGCUGCUCCAGGCGACAGUCCUGGAAGUGCUCGGCAGCUGCCACGAGUCGGUGGUGCUGCACCGCGUUGCCAUCCACAUCUCCAAGAUGCUCAUCCGCUUCAAGGUGGCGGCGUGGGCGAUCUCGCUGCUGUGCAAGCUGCAGCACCUCAUUGUGCUGCCGGACAUGCCGUGCGAGCACGACCACGACGUCGAGUGGACGCACGCGCACGGCACGGAAAAGAUGUCGCUCGUGUUUAUCGUCGCGUGCCUGCACAACCUGGGUCAUUACGAGGAGCGCUCCUUCUCCGAGGUGAUGGCGGCGGUGCUGCUCGAGAUGCAGCUCUACCGACAGUACAGCUACGAAAGCCGCCGCGAGGUGGUCGAGAUGGUGGUGCUCCUGCAGGCUACUGCGCGUCUGCACUGCUUCUGGCACGCUGUCGGCCGUACCGCCCUCUGCCGCUCGAUCCUCGAGCAGGUCCUGGUGCACUUCCGCGCUUCGGAGCUCGGCGACUGCCUGGCCAACGAAGUGUCGGACGAGGUGGUCAUCGUGCUGCUCGAGUCGGUACUUUCGCACACCGACGGCGAAAAGCAGGUCAAGGACGUCGCGCACCUCUUCUGCCAUGCCGUCAACCACCGCGUCAGCCAGCUGCUCGAGGCGGGCGACUUUUCGACGGCGCACGAGCUCGCCAAGUGCGGCCUCAAGCUCGCACGUCACCACCGCUUCUACCACAAGCACGUGGCGCUGGGCUACAAGCUCGCCGAGUACAUGGCUGGCAUCGAUGUUCCCGCAAGCACGAGCAAGAAGAUCAGCAGGGCGAUGCGCCAGACGUCGCGCGCCAUCACGGACGAGGUGCUGUGUGCGCUGCGCGAGGCCAAGAUCGAGCUCGUGUCGCUGCGCUUCGACGACGUGCGCGGCCUGGUGCGUCUUCUGGGCGCCCAGUCGAACUACAGCGAGCUCGAGGCGGUGCUCGAGCAGCUGUGGCGGUCGAGGGAGGUGCAGCGGAGCUGGGAGCCGGCGACGGUGGUGUCGAUCGGGCACGCGCUCGUGCAUGCGCACGUGGCUGCUGGCCAUCUGGACGCGGCUAUGUCGCUGUGCGACACGCUGUGCUACAACCUGCGCCACUCGGGCGACGGGCUGGACGACGAGGCGGUCGAGGCGAGCCAGCUGCUAGCACAGCUCUACACGCACGCUGGCCGCCACGACCGCGCCAUGGGCGUGUACGAGGAGGUGCUGCGCGAGGUCGACGAGGACGGCACCUCGGAGCUGUUUGAGCGCUGGGCGGGCAAGCAGCUCCAGAUGCUGCGCUUUGCGUAUGCGCGCAACGGCGGCUUUGCCAACAGCAGCUCGACGUAUCGCGACCUGUUUGCCUCGCUCGCCACGCGCGGGCUCGACUGCCACCACGAGGCGUGGGAGCUCAACGCGGGCGACGAGCACGCACAGCCGCACACGGGCGGCUACAUUGCGCCCGACAACUGGUUCCUCCUCUCCACCACCGCCGUCGCACAGCCGGGACACGCUGAUGCGCACGGACACAUGCACGAGCACAAGCAGAAGCGCAGCAUGCGCCGCGGCCGCGACUCGCUCACCGACAUUGUGCUGCGCCGUUCGCGCGGCUGCCGCGUGUCUGCCGCCGACAAGAUGCACGGCGCACGAGCGUCGCUGCCUGCACAGGCUGCCUAA